GCUGCCAAGGCCCAUGGUUGCAAUCCAUUCCCCCUCCCAAGCACGGAUUAUCGGGGUGAUUAUGGAGAAUGCACGAGGACUAGUAUGUAAAUGAACCAGACAAAACCGACACUAGCAGAACGCAAGUGCGGUCCGGCUCUUGAAGAUCACAGCAUUCCGAGCCAGCAAAGCUUUGCCGGUUUCCACCGGGCUCGCGGUCCGACAAAUGUGGGAGAGUGGAUGGGGACCCGAUGGAGAUCACUUUCAGUCUUUUGCCAACUGUCCAGACCAUCAGACUCUAAUAUUACCACUUCUCUCUACCGUGGUUGGUCAACAACCAACCACCUCCUCCCCGCGAUUCGGAACCCAACUGGCACCCGGACGCUUGAUUUACCAAAUGACAUUGAAUGGUGGGCUAUUCAGACAGGUUACGUAUUCAUCUACAAGCGAUCUUCAGCUUUCUUUGAGUUUCGAUCUUCUGAGAGAAAAGAAAAACAAAGUUGACUAUAAUAUUGACGAUGAUGAAAUUGUCUCAUGCAACUGCAAGGCAGAUCUGUUGCUCUCACCAUUAUUAUUGACUCCAAUUCCAGCCCAACCAGGGUGGGGAAUCCGAGCGUUUGCCGAACCAUUCCCGUUUGAGUCAGGGCCUCGUCCCCUGGGUCUGGAUAUGAACUGCCUCAUGCGGUGUCGCCACUGAUUUCCCCCCGGCGUUCGCGGCUGGAAGAUUGCGGAGAUGGGGAAACACCAAGAGGAUUCAAUAUCACUCAUAUAAAAGCUCCUCAGCUGCAAUUUUCUUUGCUUCUUUCUAUUUACUUUUUUAUUUUUUCUUUCCCUCACCCUGCCCGACGGGGAUAUCCGACAGACUUAUCAGCGACUAGUGGUUAUCACAUUCAUUAAUAUAAUAUGUCCUGGGUACUCCGAGCGCUUU